GGUGGCGACAAUGCCAUUUGGCUGGAGGCUACUCAUAAACCCGGAGAGGGAGAGAGUGCACCAUUCCUCACAGGUGACUGUACCAUGUGACUUCAGGAGCGUUAAAAAGACAGCCAGCCAGCCAGCCAGCCAGCCAGCCAGCCAGCCAGCCCGUCCCGUGGAAGAACCAGAGGAGUCGGAAAGAAGAGCGUCACAGGGCUGUCGGCACAGCAGCAGCAGCGGCAAACACCGACAGCCCAGAGAUUUCUUUUCCAUAUCUCCAACUGGUGUCCACAAUGAGCUGCAGCAGCAUCGCAGAGUCGGAGUUUUCCGAGGAGGAAUUGGACCUCGGCGCUCAGGACCGAGCGAGUCCGAAGCCGCCGUUUGGAGACAGCGAGAGCUCAACGAGCAGCCCCAGUGACCCGGAGGAAGGCCAGAGCAAAAAGCGCUCGAGGCCAGUCCGCUCCAAAGCUCGACGGGUGGCGGCCAACGUCCGUGAGAGAAAACGCAUCAUGGACUACAACCAGGCCUUCAAUGCUCUUCGUGUGGCUUUGAAUCACGACCUGAGCGGCAAACGACUCUCAAAGAUCGCCACGCUGCAAAGGGCCAUCAAUCGUAUCUCUGCUCUCUCCGUAUUCCUGAGCACAAACCCUCCGAGCAAGCCUUGCGCCCAUCGGGAGUGCGACCGCUCACCGGCCAUGACGCCAUCUCGACUUGAUGCCAUCCCUCAUCUGGAGCAUCGGAGCUACGUUCCGUGGCGCGCGUCCAUCUCCCAGCAGACGCAGCCCCGAGAGGGCCUUUACGUGGAUACCGUUGCGUCGUCAUGUCCCCCUUCGCCGCACUACCCUUGUUAUCCGCCGGAGGGCCAGCUCUACGGCGGCCAUUGUGGCGGCCAUCCGCCCAGCCCUCUGCCCGGAAUGUGGGGCUCCUGCACCCAAGCGUGCAUUGACACUUUUGCGGAGCCGUCUCCAGCGUUGGGACGUCCCUGGCAGAUGAACUAUUUGCAGGACUUUGAGCACAAGCUCUCUGCGGGGUCAGACACACUGCUGUGAACAUUGUUGGACAGUUGAAUGAUUUUAGGGGGAGAGGUUCAUGAUUUGCUUUUGUUUCUUUCAUUCUGAUGAUUUAAUCAACUCAGUAUUAAAAUUCAGUCCAGGUCAGCGUCUUUUACAGACUAUAACGCACACUUAAAAUCCUUUUCUUAAAAAUCAGUAGUGCACAGAAACCUAUGAGCAGGUGGCCAGAUUUGAAAAAGGUGAAAAAUAUGGUGAAUAAAUUCACAAUGGUCAUAUGCGGAUUGAAAAUUCCAAAAGAAUGUUUCACUCUCCAUUUAUUUCUCAUUGAGUGUUGAAGAUCCGCACAAGUGUAUUUGUGCUUCACUGUUAUGUAAGAAUCACAGCGUCUUGAUACGUUACACAAGCAUUUUUUAAAAUAUUUAUUUACUCUUUUGGCCUAAAAGCU